AUGGAGAGAUUACAGAGACUUAUGAUGAACAGCAAGGUUGGUGCUCCUGAUGCCAACCGUGACGAUACAAAAGAAACCGUGUAUAUAUCGUCAAUGGCAUUGCUGAAAAUGCUGAAACAUGGUAGAGCUGGUGUUCCUAUGGAAGUCAUGGGGUUGAUGUUGGGUGAGUUUGUAGAUGAUUAUACCGUUAACGUCGUAGAUGUUUUCGCUAUGCCUCAAUCAGGUACUGGUGUAUCUGUUGAGGCUGUAGAUGAUGUAUUCCAAGCGAAAAUGAUGGAUAUGUUGAAACAAACAGGAAGAGAUCAGAUGGUUGUAGGCUGGUACCAUUCACAUCCUGGGUUUGGUUGCUGGCUAUCCUCUGUGGAUGUUAACACUCAAAAGUCCUUCGAGCAAUUGAAUAAUAGAGCAGUGGCUGUAGUGGUAGAUCCGAUUCAAUCUGUGAAGGGUAAAGUUGUUAUCGAUGCCUUCAGACUGAUUGAUACCGGUGCCUUACUGAAUAACCAGGAACCUAGACAAACUACUUCCAAUGCAGGUUUGUUGAACAAGGCUAACAUCCAAGCUCUAAUCCAUGGUUUGAACAGACACUACUAUUCCUUAAAUAUAGAUUAUCGUAAAACUCCAGCAGAAACCAAGAUGCUGAUGAAUUUACAUAAAGAACAAUGGCAAUCUGGUUUGAAGAUGCAUGAUUACGAGGUGAAAGAACAUGAAAACUACGAAGCCACCAAGAAAAUGGUAAAGAUUGCUCGCCAAUAUUCAAAAAGAAUAGAAGAAGAGAAAGAAUUGACAGAGGAAGAACUGAAAACAAGAUAUGUAGGGAAACAAGACCCAAAGAAACAUCUAUCGGAUACAUCAGACUCAGUGCUGGAAGAAAAUAUCGUUUCUGUACUCAGUGCAAGUGUCAACUCUAUUGCCAUCAAAUAA